AUGCGCCGUUUCUGACACACCCCAAUUUACCCUUUCGAUCUUCUCGAUCCUCUCCCCACGCAGUCUCCUCCUCCUGGCCUGAAAUGAGUCGGAAGCAGAACGGCUCCGGGCCCACCAAGUGGGCAUCCAUGGUCCUCCUCAUCAUGGGUCUCAUUUCCUGCAUCGUCGUCUACGCUUUCAUCUCCGCCGCCCUCACGCCCGGCGCCGAAAAGAUCGAGUCUUUGGAGGAGGAGACCGGCGAGAGGGUCGAGGGGUGUUGCAGAGGGGUCGAGAAUUUGGAGCUUUGGGGCCCCGCCGUGAAUUGGGGUGCCGAUUUCAAGCUCAAUUCCUCGGCCGAGUGCUGCCGAGCUUGCCGGGCCAUGUGUAGUAGCGGCGAGUCCGGGCCUUGUCUCUGUGAUACCUGGGUGUUCUGUGGAAACCGGGAAGCCUGUGGGUCUAAAUUUGGUGAGUGCUGGCUGAAGAAACAGCAAGAUACCUUCAGACCGGAUCGCCAAGAAGCAGGAAACAAGACCAUGUGGACUUCCGGCAUUAUUUUUGGGAGAGGAAAGGGUAUUGUUGCCUUGGAAACGGAGCAUGGCACUAUUCGAGUAAAGCUUUUGCCCGAAUGCUCCCCACACUCAAUAAUGUACAUCCUAGAGCUGCUAUCAUCACGCCACUGUGCAGGCUGCCGAUUUUAUCGUGCAGAAGGUAGAGGGGAAGUUUGGGAUUCACAAGGAAAUCACAUCAAAGAUGCGUCCUUCGGUCCACCCUAUGCCUUAGUUCAAGGAACUCUUGAAGCCCAAGGAGUGGCAUUCACCGACAUUCCCAGUGAGUUCUGCCCAACCAUAACCCGUGGCUCAGUGGCCUGGAUUGGGUCGGGCCCCGAGUUCUUUAUCAGUCUAUCCAACCAUCAAGAGUGGACGAACCAAUACACCGUGUUUGGUUCAGUUGUAGCAGAAGACAUGGAAAUUGUUGAGAGAAUAGCCCAACUACCCAUCAAACCCGAUGUUUGGAGUGGGGUUAGCGUGUCGGUCUUGGAGAAACAUGUUCCCCUUAAGGUUCGGAGAAUCGAAAUCGCCCGCGGUUGAGAGUGGAGGGAGUGUUUGGAUUUGGGAAGUUUGAACACAGCAAUUGCCAAUUUAUCACUGGAAGUGUACAUUAGGUUAUACAUGAGUAAAUUCCAGCUGUGUGUAUAUUUUUGGGGUUUUUGAGUCAAUGUUAGAAGCAAUAUCCACCAGAAUAUAUGAGAAUUAUAUAUAUUGUAUUGUAAAUGAUUAUGGACUGAUAAAACUAUAUGAACCCUUCGUAUAUUGCUUCUAACGUUGGGUUUCCAUAUUUUUUCACUCUAUUUUCUCCGGUGAUGGACUUUUAUCCACCGGUAUAUAUGAGAAUAAUAUACGGAGUAUAUAUAUAUGAGAUCGUAAAUGAAUGUGGAUAGAUGAA